CAUAAUGGAACUGGUGUGACACUGUCUAGCAGACGUCCCUUGUUGUAACAGAGUCGUGUUUCCGUCUGUCAAUGCAACGUUGAAUCGGUCUUGUCUUUAGACUGCUAACAGCUAUCUUAUUGUAAUUUUUGCGUUAACGAAUUAGCUUGGUGAGAGCGCUAACGCUAGCUAGCGAAGCAGUUGCUUGAGCUCUGCUCCUUGGUUUGGAUAUAUUGCCUCAGAUACAUUAUUGCUCUCCAACUAAUCUGAUUGAGAGGGAUUAUGGCGUUUCCUUUUGAUAUUAACCAGAUAUUCCUCGAGAGGGUCACGCUCUUGGACCAGACUCUUGUUGCGGAAAAUCGUAAAUCAACAGAAAGACCAGAUCUUUUGGAACACAUAGUAACGGUCAUUGAUGAACUUGGAAGAGCCUCGGCAAAGGCCCAACAACUCACAACUCCAAUAACAAGUGCUUCCAAACUACAGUCCCAGAAGCAUCAGAUGUAUCUGCUGAAGGACGUAGAAAGCAACAGAGGACAUGGUAUGGUUGUAGGAUUUCUCAAGGUCGGCUACAAGAAGUUAUUUCUUCUUGACAGACAGGGUGUGCACAUAGAGGCAGAGCCAAUGUGUGUUUUGGAUUUCUACAUUGCAGAGAACUUUCAGAGACAUGGCUACGGAUCAGAGCUGUUUGACUUCAUGUUGCAGCACAACAAUUUAGAGCCAGUGCUGAUGGCUUACGACAGGCCCUCACCAAAAUUGAUGUCGUUCCUGGCAAAGAAAUACUGGCUGACACAAAGUGUCCCACAGGUCAAUAACUUUGUGGUGUUUGAGGGAUUCUUCCUCAACAAAACAGUUGCCCAGUUGAGAAAGGUUCCCCUGAAAAAACCAGACGGAGAAAUCAAACCCUACUCUGUAAUGGAGAGAGAAGUUGUGAAUCAGGAGCAGAGGGCUCUUCCUUGGCAAUUCCCUCUGCCUCACUCCCCCCAGCGGUCAGUAUCGUCCCAGAGCUCCAAUUCCCUCAGUGUGGGAUCCUCCCCCAGCAGGUUGCCACUUCAAGUCACCUCAGCUUCUGCAGUUGUAGGCAACAGAGACAACAGCCCACAGUCCCCUGUCACUGAGCGUCGCAGGGCAAGACGCACCAGCCAACAGAGUCUAGCUGCUAGAUGCUGCCUGUACCAUUGGCAUUUGGACACCAGAGCUGUUGGACUGCUCGACAGACAUACCUAUGCCAGGAUCCAUCAUCAGUUGCCUCCUCGAUCGUGGACCACCACCACUCUCAGAUACCAACAUGAUACAGGAUCCGCCAUUAUUAUCACGAUCCGCCAGCACGAUGCAGGAGCGCCAAUAUGAUCACGACCCGUCAGCACGGAUCCACGAUCAUGAUCACGAUCUCUGAUUGUGGUCCACCAUCAUAAUCCACGAUGUGGGCACAGCCGCAGCCCUGGGUCUGCGGACGAUAAGGCAUUAGCACACCGUGGAAGAAGUCAAGUCAGUAACAUGUAUUGAUGAGACAUUCAUUUCUUUGAUGUGAUAAGGAGGGAGAAAGCUCUGAUGGUGCCAUAUUAUCGAGGGCCUUGAAGGUGAGAAGGAGAACUUAAAAUUCUAUUCCAGAUUUAACCGGAAGCCAGACAAUGGAAUGAGGCUAAUAUGGGAGAAAUUUGGUCUCUUUUCCCAGUUCUUGUCAGGACAUGUGCUGCAGCAUUUUGGACAAGCUGCAGAGUCUUUAACGACUUACUACUGGAGCCUGAUAAUAAGUUACAAUAGUAAAGUCGGGAUGUAACGAAGGCGUGGACACUUUUUUCAGCAUCUUUUUGAGAUUGGAAAUCUCAGAUUUUUGAGAUGUUACACAAGUAAAAGAAGGCGGUCCUGGGAAAUAGUUUUAAGGGCGAUGUCAUUUAGCGCAGCUAUAUUAUUAGUAAUUAGUAUUAAGUAGUGCUGUCAGUUUAACGAGUUAUUAACGCCGUUAACGCAAACCCAUUUUAACGCCGUUAAUGUUUUUAUCGCGAGAUUAACGCAGAGCUGCCAACUCUCACGCUUUCGCCGUGUGACACACGCUUUUACAUGUUGGUGGUUGACUAAGUCACAAUAAUUUUUUUAAACAUCAUCGUAUCAGGCCGUCAUGAAGUACAAGGAGCGGCCGAGUGUGUGUGCGCCUGUGUGUGUAUGUGUGGUUCCAGAUAGCGCACCGUAGCCUCAGAGAGACACAGAGAGAUCAGAGCUCGCUCACUUGAAGGAGACGCUCAGUGACUCACUGCUUCUUAACUAUGAAAACAGUGAAAACACAGAGUUUCUCUGGUCUCAGCUGAUCAGCGAUGAGUGCCUCAGCUUCUCGAUCAGAGCAGAAGCUGCAGUUGGUUUCUAUCGAGCUUCAGUAUCUGUGUUGGCCUCCAGUCUGACCUGCUCUCGCUUUUUGUUUUAAUAUUUCGCCAACUAAAAUAUAUAUUUUUAAGCUACUAGGCUGCAGCUAUAUGUUUUUAUUUAUUUACUCAAAUAGCCCUACACAGUUCUGUGUUUAAUUUGUUUCAAAGUAGGCCGACACUUGCCUGUGUAUUUUGUUUGUUUGUUAUUUUGUUGCUUGUCUGUUUGAGAGGCCUGACUGCUAUUUUCACAGCAAACUUGAAAAAAAGAAAAUAUAAAGCCAUGGUUUAACUGCACUAUAGGGUGAGUUCUUGUUUACCUGAAAUGUGCACUUUAUAAUUUUAUUUUGUAUCGCCCUGUUUGGCAAUGUUGUUUUUCAAUAAAAUAAAACAUUUGCAUAAAGCAAGCCAAUCCACUUGUCCAUGUUGAAAAAAAAAUGAUGGGGAAAAAAUAAAUGAAGGGACAUUUAGAAUAGAUACAAAUUUGCGAUUAAUCUCGAUUAAUUUUGAGUUAAGUAUGACAUAAAUGCGAUAAAUCGCGAUUAAAUAUUUUAAUCUUUUGACAGCACUAGUAUUAAUGUAUAUAUAGGGCCAAUUAUUAAAACCUCUGUCUACCUAAGUUUAAUAAGAGAAAUGAUCCGAUACAAACUACUCAAGGAUUUUACUGUAGACGGGAAGGGGAGGUUGGUCUGUAGUUGGCAAAAACCUCUGGGUCCAGGGUGGCUUUUUUGAGA